AUGUCGUCGACUGCGACGGAGGCAAAUAUUGAACUCCGUCCUCGUCACAGACGUCGCUUUUCCACGAAUGAUCCACAGCGUAACCUCCGCCUGGCUAUCUGCCAGCGCCUGCCUCAUUCACUUGAGGCACUCGACCUCUCAUCUAACUCAGCCAAAGAGACUUUUGCUGCGCUUCGGUACCUCGUCCUAUCCUAUUUAGAAGACAUUGAGAUGCGAUUGGCCACACUCGAAUCUCCAAUUACUGACCUUCACCUCGCUGAGGCUUUGAAGAAUAAGGGUGGUUGCUCUGUCGAAGAAGCCAGACAGUGGGUUAAAGAUGCCCUCGAGAUGCUCCGUAGUAUUCGAAUGGAUGUUUGCUCUCACUUCCCGGACCUCCAUCUUCCAGACAUAUCUCCAGUAAAGUCUCAUCUCCCCGAACUCCCCGAUGUCCCUUCCCUGAGCGACGUGCGCUCGCGUCUACCUGAUAUUCCGAACGUCCGUCCACAUAUGGCAGCCCUAGCUCCAAGCGAUAUUAUAUCGCUGUUAGAACAUGCCUACUCCCGCUUUUCCGACUUUGACUUUUGUGGUUUUCUGCCAACUCUUUCCGCUCGCUUCCAGUCCUUCCAUGCGCACCUACGUUCGUUUGACCCUCGCUCUAGUGAGCUUCCAUCUCUCCCGGGAAAUUCUCACAUAUCCGGCCUCAUCGAUUCCAUCAUGUCCUCCGAACUCAUCACUGAACUAUCUGAUGAUGUCACUGAAGCAGAGGCCAUGAUAGAAGUGGCAGCAAAGGACAUUGCUCGUGCAGUAAAACAAUCAUUACAAGGAUCACAACUAAUUGAGUAUGUCGACCUUCCGCCAAAAUGGCGAAACAACCCCUUUGUCCUCGGAGGCUAUCGGUUCAUCCCCCUAGAAAAGUGGCCGCUUAUUAUUAUGUCACUGUUCGCUGUACACAAUGAAACCCUGAACAUACACACGCAUCUCAUUCCAUUCAUUCUUUGGCUCAUUAACUUGAUAUCCAUAUUUAACGCAUCAAAUAUCGUAGACGCUCCGGAGGUGGCAUUUAUUUCAUUUGCUCUUUUGUGCCUUUUCAGCAGUGUGGUCUGGCAUACCAUGGCCGGCUGUGCACAUCCUCAGGGCAUGGAGCUUUGUGCACGGAUAGAUUAUGUAGGCAUUGGAUGGCUUAUCAGCGCCUCAGUUGGCACCGUCGUAUAUUAUGGCUUCCAGAAUUGUCAUCCAGAAGUGGGAAACGCAUUCCUUGUUUGUUGCUUGAUGACUGGGAUUGCAGGGAACGCAUUCCCAUUCUUUAAAUGGUUCGAUCAGGCCGAGUAUAAACACUGUCGCAUUGCUUUCUUUUUGUCCCUUGCAUUUACCGCCGCCGCCCCGAUGACAGCCCUCGCAUACCUCCAAUCGCCUGCGCAGAUGUUCGCUUUCGUUUACCCCGUCUGGCCCUCCAUCACAUCGUACCUCAUCGGCCUUGUCUUCUACGCAACACAUAUCCCGGAACGCUUCCUUUCCGAGCGGUACUCUCACUGGCUGGACUGGUGUGGCGGCGGUUCUCACGCAAUCUGGCACAUUUUUAUUGUCAUUGCUAUUGGCCAACACCGUGCUGCGAUGGCAGAGCUCCGACGCGGCGUUGAGUGUCAUGCUGUAUCGUGACGCUGAUUUUUUAAUUGGGCUGAAUGCAUUUAGAGGAGCAUUACUGAUCUGCGUGACUGUUUGCUGCCAUCUAAGCAUAAGUAGGGAUCAAUUAUUCCGUCCUUAGGGUAUGCUAGAUAUAUACAAGAACACCCUUCGGCCGGCUCUUCGACGAUAUAAAUAUUCUAUUUACAAUAAAAACUGAGGAAAUACAGCACUAGCAUUACCCCUACAAAUAGACAGGGUCUCUUACUCGACAACGCUGUAUACAAUUGACCG